AUGGCCGAGUCAGCCGACCGCAAGGAACUGUUAGAAUCCAGUCAAGAAGAGUCUGGUGAUAAGGUAAUGAUGGAGGGGUCCGGGGAGCAGCCGGAGAGCAGUGAAGAUGCCGCAGCUGGACCUGGAGAUGAUGGGGAGCGCGGUGAAGAAGCCGCUGUGGGUCCUGGGGAAGAAGGGGGAAAAGGUGAAGAGGCUGCUGCUGGGUCCGGGGAAGGCGGGGAAAAAGGUGAAGAUACUGAUGAGGAUUCAGACCCAGACCAUCCAAAAGGACUUAUCGGUUAUCUUUUAGAUACAGACUUUGUUGAAAGUCUACCUGUGAAAGUUAAAUACCGUGUGUUAGCCCUCAAAAAGCUUCAAACUAGAGUGGCCAAUCUAGAGUCCAAAUUCCUGAGGGAAUUUCAUGGUAUUGAAAGAAAGUUUGCUGAAAUGUAUCAGCCUUUAUUGGAAAAAAGGCGUCAGAUAAUCAAUGCAAUCUAUGAGCCUACAAAAGAGGAAUGUGAAUAUAAAUCAGAUUCUGAGGACUAUGAUGAUGAAAUGUAUGCUGGGGAAGAGAUGUGUGGUAAUGAGGAGGGUCUGCUACUUGACUACAUGGAUGAGGAUGCCGAUUGUGAAGAAGAUUAUUAUGAUUAUGCUAUUGAAGAGGAGGCUGAAGAGGAUGAUGGCGAUGAUGAUGACAAUGACGACAACACCAAGGCAGCUGGAGAUGAGAAUAAAGAAGAGGAUCCUAAAGGAAUUCCUGAUUUUUGGCUGACUGUCUUGAAAAACGUUGACACACUGACUCCUUUGAUUAAAAAGAAUGAUGAGCCUAUUCUGAAGCUCCUGACAGAUAUUAAAGUGAAGCUUUCAGAUCCUGGUGAACCUCUCAGUUUCACACUAGAGUUUCACUUCAAACCAAAUGAAUAUUUCAAAAAUGAGCUGUUGACAAAGACCUAUAAGCUGAAGUCAAGGUUAGCACAUAUGAUACCCCAACCGCGAUUGAGUAUUGCAUAG